AUGUAUGAUAAAUGUCAAAGCGGAACUCUCAGUGACCAGCCAUCCAAUGAGAAUAACAAUGCAGGCGGCAAGGGCUCUGACUCCAUCAAUGCUGUAGAACCUUCAUCCGAUCAACUAGCAAUGGAGUCUGCUGAACGAGAUGCCCCAAGUCACGCAUACAAUGGACCUCCUCCUCCUGUACCACCUCCGCAUAACAGACGACAGAACCCCCCACAUCACCAGGCGCAUCAUCCCUUGAGCAUGCCUCGAAUCCCAAACCAUCACCCGAUGCACACAAAGCAGUAUGCUCUUGGACCACCGGUUAACCACCACAAAAAUGAACUAGGAGCCGGCUUCCGCGGACCACCACCCCCACCUGCGCCGCCAGCAGACGCACAAACAUCAGCCAGCGAGAAAGUCUUCAGUGGCGCUGGCGAUGUCUGGCCAGCACCAGCCCCAGAUAUGCCGAAAAUCGUGUCUUUAGAUGUCAAAUGUGAAAAGAACGCCAUGAGAGUAUUCCUUAGCUUCGAUAAGCCAUUCUUUGGCAUCGUCUUCUCAAAGGGACAUUACUCGAAUCACCAAUGUGUACACUUGCCACCGAAUCUAGGAAGAAACCAAGCAUCUUUUGAAAUUGGGGCACAUGCUUGUGGAACUGCGGGUAGUGGUGACCCCAGAUACCACGGAGAUGUCGCAGCAGCCGGCACGUAUUUCGAAAACGUUAUCGUAAUACAAUAUGAUCCUCAAGUACAAGAAGUAUGGGAUCAAGCCCGUAAAUUGCGUUGCACAUGGCACGACCAAUACGAGAAAGCGGUUACCUUCAGACCAUUCCCUGUUGAUAUGCUAGACGUGGUCAGAGCAGACUUCGCUGGUGAUAAUGUCGGAUGCUGGAUGCAAAUUCAAGUUGGAAAGGGACCCUGGGCCUCGGAAGUUUCUGGACUCGUGAAAAUUGGACAAACCAUGACUAUGGUACUUGCUAUCAAAGAUGAUGAUGCGAAAUUCGAUAUGCUCGUUCGAGAUUGUGUAGCGCACGAUGGUCAACGCGCCCCUAUACAGUUAGUCGAUAGGCGAGGCUGUGUGACACGACCGAAAUUAAUGUCCAGGUUUACGAAGAUCAAGAACUUUGGUGCUAGUGCCAGCGUGCUCUCUUACGCUCACUUCCAAGCAUUCAAAUUCCCGGAUUCCAUGGAAGUUCACUUCCAAUGUACCAUCCAGAUUUGCAGAUACCGAUGCCCGGAUCAAUGCUCCGAUGGAGGGCCGAACGUUAUAGCUCCUCACGCGGAAUAUGGGCCACCUCAAAUUGACUCGUAUCCUGUUGGAGCUGAAAUCAGGAGAGACGAGAGAAGAGUCAGGAGACAAAGGCGGGCCACGUCUCCCGAAAAAGAAGUGGGAGUUAACAGAGUUAUUCGCGUCGUUUCGGCUGGCGACCUCAAUUUGGAUGCAUCUGAAGUCAGCUCCGCACCGAAGGUAGUGCCUUCUCCUGGUCUCGUGUGUAUGACCACUCCGGGAUUCGCGGCAACUUUAGGAGCCCUUCUCGUUACGUUAGUCUGUUCGUGUGCCGUAUCAGCAGUUCUAUUCCUGAAGCUGAGGCCUAUAACUAAGCUGAAGAAGAAGACGAUUGCCGUGACGACGAUAGCCAGGCCUCACCCACCGACCGCUCACGUCAUAUCAAAGAGUCGCUUCUACUCGUAACAAAAACGUUAGCAUGUGCUAAACUUGUAAAUAUUAGUGUGAUGAGACUGACUGAUGUAUGUAGGUCAUGCCAAUUUUAUUUAUGUGCGUGAAUGUUUGUGCGCUCAAAUUUCGUUUAAAAAUUAUGUUUAAAGGCGUCGCGAUUAAUAUUGUUAUUUUUAUUUAU